UCUACGUCUAGAGACGUCCCCGGUGCUCCGACAUUAUUCCACCGUUUAAAACAAGUUUAGUUAGUUAUUAUCACUUCCUAGUCUCAUUGUAGCUUCUGUUGACAGUUCGCUUUUCCGUUUAAGUAGACAGAGAGAAAGUUUUACCAAGUUUUAAAGUUGUCUCUGUGUAAACGGCGAGGUUUAACUUGUGGACCAAACAGCAGCCCUGUAGUGACUCUUGAAAUAUCCUGUGAGUGCAACCUUUGACCGAGACUGAUAAGGGACUGGCGGAUCUGGUUUAUUCCUCCUGUGCAGAUGCUCCAUAGUGCAGAGGACUAACCUUGAUGCCCACAAUGAAUCCACAAACCCUGUCACUGAGAGCGCUGCUGUUCCUGGGGCUUUGGCACUCUGGCAGAAGAAGUCUAGCCUCAGCUCCAGAGCUGCAGGAUCAGCCCAAAAAGAUAGCGGUGGUCGGAGCAGGCAUCGGUGGCACAGCUGCAGCGUAUUACCUGAGGCAGGAGUUUGGAGCCGGGGUGAAGAUUGAUGUGUUUGAACCCGGCACUGUUGGCGGGCGACUGGCGACAGUCAAGAUCGGAGAUUAUGAGUAUGAGGCGGGAGGGGCUGUGAUUCACCCUCUGAACCUUCACAUGAAGCACUUCAUUGAAAAAUUAGGUAUUCCUCCGAGGAAAGAUGUCCCCUCUAAAAUGGCAAUAUUUGAUGGAAAGGAGCUCACGUUUGAGGAGAGUGACUGGUUUAUAGUUAACUUCUUGCGAAUGCUGUGGCAAUAUGGGUUCAACUUUAUCCGAAUGCAUAUGUGGGUGGAGAGUAUUUUGGACAAAUUUAUGAGGAUCUACCAGUAUCAGCAGUAUGGCUACUCGUUCACCAGCAUGGAGAAGCUCCUGCACGCCAUGGGCGGCGAUAGUUUUCUUACCAUGGUGAAUCAGACCCUGGAGGAAACAAUGAUUGGAGAGGGAUUUUCACAGGUCUUUCUAAAUGAUAUCGUUGCACCCAUCAUGCGCGUCAACUAUGGCCAAAGUGUCCGCAUCAAUGGCUUUGUAGGGGCGGUUUCAUUAGCAGGAGCAGAUCCGGGCCUGUGGGCAGUGGACGGAGGCAAUAAGAGAGUGUGCUCAGGGCUGCUGUACAACAGCAAAAGUGAGCUCAUCCCUGCCAGAGUGACCUCCAUCUCAGUCAAAGUUCGACCAUCCAAGACAGGCGCCACAACCAGUUUCUAUGAGGUCAACUACGUUGGAGAGUCAGGUUCAGCGCACUCUCUGUAUGACAUCGUGGUAAUAGCGACACCGCUUCACCAGGGAAUGUCCGACAUCACCUUCUCGGGCUUCUCCCCUCCAAUCCCGUCUCACUACCCCGGGCGUUUCCACCAGACCGUCUCCACCCUGGUCCACGCCAUGCUGAACAUGUCCUACCUCGGUACCACAGAGCCAGCCUCGGAGUUCACCGUGUCCGACAUCCUCACCACAGACUCAAAGGGCUGUAACAUCAACAGCCUGGGCUCUCUUGACCCUGUGCACAUCCCUCAGGGUUACAAGCGACCCCCUGCCAGCCAGACCAAAGUCUGGAAGGUGUUCUCCCCACAGCCGCUGUCCCAGGAGCAGCUGCAGGACAUGUUCGUCUCCUGGGAUUCGGUGUCUGAAACUCGGUGGCUGGCUUACCCUUCCUACCGCCCGCCGCACCGUAAGACCCCUCCCUUCAUCCUGCACGACCGGAUGUACUACCUCAACGCUGUGGAGUGGGCGGCAAGCGCCAUGGAGAUGAGCGCCAUCUCUGCCAGGAACGUGGCCCUGCUAGCACACCACCGCUGGCACCAACAGGUCAGCAAGAUCGACCAGGAGGACCUGCACACCCGACUAAGAGGGGAACUUUGAACGGGGAGAACCAAAAGCAUUAAAAUACGAUCAAUUAAGUACAGUAUAAACCCACACACCUGCUGCACUACAACAACACUCCUGUCAGGGCAAAUCCCAACUCUCUCUUUCAGGUAUCUGAGGUGCUCUGACCUCUUUAAACUUAAAGGGCCAUUCUGGGGUUAUUGCAACGGGGAUCUUAUUGUUGUGGUUUUGGUCAUUUCACCAUUUCUAUCUUUUACUCACCAAAUAACCUCUGAGAUCGGACAAGCGGUAAGUCAGCAGUUUAACCAGAUUAUUUAGACCCCUUUAUUUGGAGGUAAAGAAUCCCUCACUGCACAGGAAGAGAUGUGGCAUUUCUAAGGUGAAGCAGUUAGUCGUUACUGUCUUCGUUGUCUCUUUAAAAUAGGAGACUAACCUGCAGCGUUUGUUUAAAACCUGUCUGAUCGUGAUGUCUCUGCUUUCUGAGACCUCAGCAGUUAAUUUGGUGAGUACAAAGUUUUUAUUGUAAGGCUGCAUGAAUAAAUGAUAUGAUUGAUUUGCGAUUAGUGGGAAUGAUUUUCACAGAAAAAAAACAAUUAAAAUCAUGUUGAUGUGACAUCUGUCACACAUUUUACCUCUAUCAAAAGUUGCAGCUUCUGCUUGGCCACAUUGCAAUGUUGACAAUAUUUUUUAUUAAUUAUGCAGCCCAAUAUUAUUACCAAUAGGAAUAUUGACCAAAGCUAAGAACAAACUGCCUAUAUCCUUUUAAUCACACAAACAGUAGCCACAGUUCAUCAUUCACCAGCAACAGUCGCACAAAUCCCACAAAAAGGUGGAUCCACAUUGUACUGUGCGGAAUUUUGUAAUCACUGUGAAACAUGCUGCACUAUGGGUAGAAGUUUUCCUCUGUCUACAUGAGUGUCUUGAACAGAUGUAUUUUUUUAUGUGCGUUCCUGCUGUUAUGAUUACGGUACAGCUGACAUCCAGGAAAUCAGCUCGUCGGUGUCACACAAACCAACCACCUUUACCCUUCGGCGAAUUCUUGCCGAGCGUCUGCUGAUAUAAAGAUGUCCUUUUUAUUGACGGAUGUAUGUGUCUUCCGGUGAUUCCUCAGUUGCUUUACCUCCUCAGCAGAAUACUGUAUACGUUGUUAGUGAAUACACGCGGCUGUCUGCAAGAGAGUUGUGGUAACGACAUUUUCUUUGUAAAUCGGAUGUUAUUGUUGGUUUUUUCUUACUAUAUAAUUAUACUGAUAAUAAUAUUAAUAAGACUAUAAUUGGACAGUCUAAUCACACUGACAAAACAGAAUUUAGGUUUUUAAAACUAUAAUUGUGCCUUAAAGAUAUCAGAGUAAUUGGCUUAUGUCUUUAUAAAAUUAUAUGUCUCCCUAUAAUUUUAGAAAUCAUUUUUCCUGUGUCAUUUUUUUGCCAUCAGUCAGGUCACCAGGACCAAACUUUCUGGAUUCAGUUGUUGCAUAUGGAGGAGAAUCUGUUUUAAACGUUUUCUGUGCCUGUGAUUUCAUGUCGCUUAAACCCCUUUCGUGUUCUUUAGCCACUUUGGGAAGAAAAUUGUAGUUUGCUAAUUGUUUCUUGAGCACUUUUAGAGUCGUAUUUUUCUAGAUUGUUGGAUUGUUGGAGGACGUUUUUCUGAUUGUGAGUAUAUUUCAAGAAAUACUGUAUUGUGGUUUAAUGGAUAGACAAGUUUCAGUUUCACACUUAAAUCCCUUGCCAAAAAACAACAACCAUGUGGAGUAUUUAAACUGGCUUCUUGUGCACAAAUAAAAUGAAGCUUUCCAUUACAAAUCUUUUUGUAAAAACAGUUGAUUUCAGAUUUGAUUUGAUUGGAAAACAUUACUGAAACCUCCCAGAUCAUACUGUUUGUUUUGUGUGUUUACGAUCACAUUAAAGGGAUGAGACCUUG